AUGAAUAAUUUUGAAGAUUCAUCUAUAUUAUCUAAUUAUCAAUUUCCACGUUGGUCAACAGUAUCUCGACCACACUCAAGUUUAACAUCGAAAGAUGCUGUAAAUGAUAUGUUUCAAUUGGGUAUUGAUAAUCGACAUCAAUCUCAAAAACAUGAAUCAUCAACAACAAAACGAACUAUUCAACAUCAUGUGCGCAUUCCGUCAGCUUCACGUCGUACUUCACCUCCACUUCUGGAACAACCAAAUUCGACGCCUGCUCAUAGUGCAACAUUUGAUCGUUCAUUACCACCAUCAAUGGGUUCACGUUUUCAUCGUUCAGUACCUGUACAUAUGAAAUCGACUGCUUUAACAGUACCAAUAUCAAACAAUAAGCAAGAUCGAUCAUUGCAAAAUUUCCCUAAACAAUCUCAUGAAAAACGCAAAAUAGCACAUGAAAGAAAACGAAAAAAGCAACAAGCACAAACAUUAGCUGAAAAAUAUGCCGAUACAGAUACAUGGUUUCAAUUAAGACGAUCCUUAGCAGAACUCAAACGUCUUGCUACAACGCAACAGAUUUCUGUUGAUCCAAGUACAUCAAUUUUUAAUUGUGAUGGGCAUUCAUUUACAACACUUAAACAAAUUAUUGCUGAACAACAAGAAGAUAAAAAAGCAGCCACGUUAAAAUCAGAAUCAGGUGGUACAUCAUCAUUAUCAUUUGCUUCUACAAUUUCGUCACGUGAUUUGACUCGAGGAAAUUUAACAAAACGUCCAACAGAAACUUAUCCGCGAUUAAUUUUCCAACCUUUUAUUGUUGCAUCAAAACCAAUACAUACUCCUCUUACUGAAAUCAAUAAUUCACUAUCGAAGCCAAAACUAAAACCAACUACAUCAACAGUCUCUCGUCCUCGUCCAAACUCCAUGACAGCACUCAUUUCUGAUAGAAAACGCGCUCAAUUGGUUUUAUCUGAUCUUUCAAAUUAUGAUAAUCCACCAGCAUCAUUAACACCAUCACCACCACUGCUCAAAAUUGAACAAGAUAUGUUUCCUCGGAAACUAUUUACAUUAUCAUCAACCCAUUGUCGAGCUCCAUCAAGUAUUCAAUUAUCUUCAACAAUAAAAUUAAAGUCUCAACCUCCUAGAUGUCAUAGUGCUACCGAUAUAAAACCUUCAUAUUCAACCAAUAAACAUUUUCCACGCUUUAUAUUAGUUGCUGAUGAAGAACAUCGUAUUGAAAGUUGGUAUCAUCAAUAUCCAUUUAUACUUGGUGAUGAUCUUUUAACAUUAUUUCAAUCCAAACAGUUACAACAAAAAUCUAUCAUAUCAGCUUAUUUUAUUGAUGAUCUACAAUUAUUAAAAACAAACGUGACAUCAAAAACGUUUCUACAAGGUAAACCAUUUCAUAUAAAUAACGAUUGGAAAAAGUACGAUAUCAUCUUUAUAUCAAAUAAUAUUUAUCAAGAAAUUAUUAUUUAUUUACAACCAAUUAUAAAUCUAAUUAAUUCAUCAGGAAAAAUUAUUAAAAUUUAUCAAAUUAAUCAUGAAGAAGAUUUAAAAGGACAAGUAAAAAGUAUAUGCAAACAGCUACAGCAACGAAAUCUAUAA